AUGGUCGCCAUACCUACUCUCUCUCUCCUAUUGGUCCUGGCAGAGUGGGCAGGUCUGGUGGACGCCUCCCCCCACCUCCUGCUCCGGCCGAGUCCGCGGGAGCGUGAUGCAGGGGCCAUGAUGAACUUCAACAUCGCCGUGAUCCACGCCGGUGCGACAGUGCAGGCGGAGGCGGCAGUGGCGGGGCCUGGGGGAAGGGUGCUCUAUCCCGGCUUUGGCCGGGUCUACGGCUCCCUGGGGGAGAGCGUGGUCACCCAGUGGGGCUCUGCUAACGUCAUCUGGCUACAGGUGAAUGACAGUAGUCCUAAGACAGUACUGUCCCAGCUGUGUGAGCUGCUGGCGGCGCGGCCCCUGCAGGGUCUGGUUUAUGAAGAGGAGAGGCCCCCUCGCACAGCUUGGGGACCUUUGGCCCCCAUGCUGGAGUUUGUCUCUGCACAAACAGGACUGCCCAUUGUGGCUGUAGGAGGGGGAGCGGGGCUGGGGAGGAUGCCACAGGAAUCAGGUUCCAUCUUUCUCCAGUUCAGCUCCUCUACCGCACUCCAAUUAGAAGUCAUCUUUGAGGUGUUGGAGGAGUACGACUGGACCGCCUUUUCCGUGGUGUCCACGCGCCACCACGGCUACCAGGAUUUCCUGUCUGUGGUGGAGGGCCUAACGGACGGCUCGUUCAUCGGAUGGGAGAAGAAGAGCGUGGUGAUCCUGAACGUGACCGACGACCCUGGGGGGGCACGCACACGCAGGCUGCUGAAGGAGAACGAGGCGCAGGUACGUUUGCUGUACUGCUCCCAGGAGGAGGCUGAGCUGGUUUUCCGAGCUGCCUGGGCCGCAGGUCAAGCCGGAGCCUCGCACAUGUGGUUUGCUGUGGGACCAGCCCUCUCCGGUUUGGGCAUGGAGAACCUGCCCCGGGCUUUAUUUGCUGUACGGCCUCAGGGCUGGAGGGACGAGCCCCGCCGAAGGAUCGCUCGCGGUGUGUCGGUGCUGACUCAUGGGGCAGUGGCAAUGCGAAAGGAAUACGGAACCACGGGCGGGCCAAACUUUGUCACCAACUGCAUGACGGAUGCCAAUCAGACCCAGAGACUGCGAGGCAGGAUGAGAUAUUUCAGCAACAUCACGCUUGGUGGUCGAGAUUACUCUUUUAAUAGUGACGGUUACCUGGCCAACCCCUUCCUGGACGUCAUCUCGUGGACACCUGGACGUGGAUGGGAAGAUGUAGGCUGGUGGGAGAAUGGCGUGCUGAGGUUACGGUACCCAGCCUGGUCCCGCUACGGGCCAUUCCUUAAACCACCCGAUGAUGCCCAGCACCUGCGUGUUGUCACACUGGAAGAAAGGCCAUUUGUCAUUGUAGAGCUUGCAGACCCUGCAUCUGGAACCUGCAUCCGUGACUCAGUUCCCUGCAGACGACCCCUUAAUGCCAGUGCCAUCCAUGAGGGUGUGGCUCCAAUGAAGCAGUGCUGCAAGGGUUUCUGCAUUGACAUCCUCAAGAGAUUGGCCAAAAUUGUCGGCUUCACCUACGAUCUUUACUUAGUGACCAAUGGGAAACAUGGGAAGAAAAUUGAUGGGGUUUGGAACGGCAUGAUUGGAGAGGUGGUGUACAAGCGGGCAGAUAUGGCCAUUGGCUCGCUGACUAUCAAUGAGGAGAGGUCAGAAGUUGUGGAUUUCUCUGUGCCCUUUGUGGAGACGGGGAUCAGUGUCAUGGUCUCCCGUAGCAAUGGGACUGUAUCGCCAUCAGCUUUCUUAGAGCCCUACAGUCCAGCGGUGUGGGUGAUGAUGUUCGUCAUGUGCCUGACCGUCGUGGCUGUGACUGUCUUUAUUUUUGAGUUCUUCAGCCCCGUAGGCUACAACCGCAGUCUCCAGACCGGCAAGAAGGCUGGAGGGUCUACUUUCACUAUAGGAAAGUCUGUCUGGCUUUUGUGGGCCAUUGUCUUUAACAACUCUGUGCCAGUGGAGAACCCAAGAGGAACCACAAGCAAGAUCAUGGUGCUGAUUUGGGCCUUCUUUGCUGUCAUUUUUCUGGCCUCCUACACUGCUAACCUGGCUGCCUUCAUGAUCCAGGAGGAGUACAUUGACACAGUGUCAGGCCUCUCGGACAAGAAGUUUCAGCAUCCCGAGGAGCAGUACCCACCUCUGAAGUUUGGCACGGUGCCCAACGGUAGCACAGAAAAAAACAUCCGCUCCAACUACCCAGACAUGCACCAGUACAUGGGAAAAUACAACCAGAAAGGAGUGGAGGAUGCCAUACUGAACCUCAAAACCGGGAAACUGGAUGCCUUUAUUUAUGACGCUGCAGUACUGAACUAUAUGGCUCGGAAGGACGAAGGUUGUAAGGUGAUGACCAUAGGCUCGGGGAAGGUUUUUGCCACCACAGGCUACGGUAUCGCCCUGCACAAAAACUCACGCUGGAAACGUCCUCUUGACCUGGCCCUGCUGCAGCUGGUGGGAGAUGAUGAGAUUGAGAUGCUGGAGCGCCUCUGGCUGUCAGGUAUCUGCCAUAAUGACAAAAUUGAGGUGAUGAGCAGUAAACUGGACAUUGACAACAUGGCUGGGGUCUUCUACAUGCUGCUGGUGGCUAUGGGCCUCAGCCUGCUGGUGUUUGCCUGGGAACACUUAGUGUACUGGAAGCUGCGCCACUGCAUGGCCACUAGUUCUGGAAAAUUGGACUUUCUCUUGGCAAUCAGCAGGGGUAUGUACAGCUGCUGUAGCUUUGAGGAUGAAACAGCAACAGGUGGAGCUAAAAGUCUGCCAACGCAUCACCACACAGCAAUGGUUACAGUUCCGUCACAGUCACAUGUUGUCUCAACGUCUUUGACCAACCCAGCAAUUGCAAUGGCGCAACAGCAGCAACAACCGCAACCGCAGCAACCGCAGCCCGUGUACAAAACACCUCUACCGGGCUCUCCUCCCACCGUGGUGCAUUCUGGGACAGCACUGGGUCCAGCUAACACACCGAUAGCUGGUGCGCCCCUACCUUGCUCCACCUUCCUGCCACGACCAGACCGCAGACUGGCUGUGGUGGAUCGUUGGAGGCUGCCCAAAUCUGCUACAGCCACCAACCCAAUGGCUGUAAGGGGGGGUAUCAGUGACAUGGGACCCUUUGCUCAGAAAGUCCCACCAAACUGGGCUUCCACUGCUGGAGGGGCUGGGGGACUUGAUGGUUAUAAGCGUUACUAUGGUCCCAUUGACCCUGAGGGACUGGGGCCCUGCAUGGAGCAGCAGGCAGGGUCCCAGACCCCCAAGACUAUGCCCAGGGGGGCUGUUAAACCUCUGGGCACUCCCAGACUGCCUCCUAAGAGUCAGGCACCUCUACCUCCUACACCCCCGCUGCCACACCCCUCCCCCCCUCUCCCCUCAUCCUUCUUGAGGAAACGAAGGCCCAAGAAGCCCAAAGAGUCCGGGGGGCCACUAUACGAGAACAUUCUGCCCCUAGGGCGGAGGGGAGGAGCACGAGAUGGUGUGAGGGAGGGAGUAGGGAGGAGGGUACGCCCCCUCUCUCCCCCACUCUCACUUCCUGUACCGGUACCCCUCAGCCCCUCCUAUACCCCUCCUUCUCCCUCUGCAUCCUUGCACUAUACAUCUUCAUCCUCUUCGUCAACCACAUCAUCCACAUCCACGUCGUCAUCUGCCUCGUCUUCUCGCUCCACCUCUCCUACUUACUCUUACAGCUCCUCCAGGAGCACACGGGACAGAACUGGAGGAAUAGAUGGAGAGGAUGAUGAUGACGAUGAGGAGCUGACAGAAGAGUCAAGCCUCCUCCUUGGGAGGGGAAGAGAGAGGGAGCGCUCAAUCAUCCGGCCUCGUUCUCUCAGUCACGGCCGCCUGCCACCACCCAUACCCCCCAGGAAACCACGCACGUCCUGGGGUGACAGAGAAAGGGAACGAGGGAGAGAAAGAGGUGGGAGCCAACUGUCUCAGCUCCAAGAGUGGUGGGCAAGCUGGAGUGAGAGAGAGAGGAGUGGAGCAGGUGGAGAUGCUGAGCGGCAAAAAAGGGAAAAGAAGAGAAGAAAAGAGAAGGAAAAGGAGAAGAAGAAAAAGAAAAAGAACAAAAAGAGGAAAAAGCGAGAAGAAAGGGAAAGAGAGCGAGAGAGAGAAAGGAAGCGUAGAAAAGUAAAAAAGAGGAAGAAGAAGGCCCUUAAAACAAAGAAAAGGAAGAAAUCAACAGGGGGAAAGCGGUCUGAGACAGAGGAGGGUGAUAUAGAGGCAGACAGGGAAGGAGAGGCAGAGGGAGAGAGGGAAGGAGGAAUACAAGACUACUCUUCAUUUUCUGCGCAGUAUCGGAGCACAUUUGGGGAAAAGGGGCGCGAUUCAUGGGAAGGAGAUAGAGAGAGAUGUAGAAGAGAAGGAGAUGAGGGCAAUGACAGGGAAGAGGAGGACAGUGGAAGAAGCAGGGAGAGGCGCCCUAAAUCCUCACACUCUCAUUCAAGGCAUCGUACACCCAGUAAGCGCUAUCCUAACCUGAACAAGCUCCCUGCGUCCGUCAAAUUUUGGGUAAAUGGAAGAGGAGGUGACUCUAAUGCUCCUCCAAUAUCCCUCCAUCCGCUUCUUCCGUCCUCUAAGCGGCGAAGAAGUGGGGGGAUGGAUAGAGAUGAUAGCGGUAGGCUUGGAGAACGGCGUCCUUUGUUAAUGCGUUAUGAAAAAGAGAAAGCACACACAAGAGAAGGGCUAUCCUUCCAUGAGUGGGACUCUGAAGACGAUGAUGUCGAUGAUGAGGAGGAGGAGGAAGAGGAGGAGAGGGAUAGAGUGAGGGAACGGGUGGAGGGCAGGGGAAGGAGGGCAGGUAGGGGGGCCGUCUCUGAGUCAGAGAGGGACAGGGCCAGGGCAGAGGACAGUUACUCAGAUGAGGGCUCGUCGGGGGAGUUUGGCCGUUUUGAAAGAUACUGGGAGGGAGGUUCAGGGGGAAGCGGCACUGGGAUAGGGGGCAUAGGAGGAGGAGGCUGGUUCUUUGGUACCUACCCCUCCAGAGAGAAAGGGGGCAGUGUCAACAGUCGAGAUGAUUCAUUACUAGGAACUAGAGCAGAAGGCUGGAUUGGAGCUGAUUUCUGGGGAUCGGGACCAGGUGUUGGUUGGGGUUCUGGGGGAGGGAGCGGGGGUUUGGGUUCGCAGUGGCCACCACCUCCAGCAGCCUUCCCUCCACCUCGACGAUACUGGUCUAUGGACAAAAUUCCUGUGAAGGGUGAGAAAAAGUGGAAGAGUGGAGGAGGGAAGAACAAGGGACGAUCUAGGGAAAGGGGGGAAGAAGCACCACGGGCGACCAUGUGUUCCUGUAGCCUUUACCCCCAACCCCAUCCUUAUCCACAUCCCCACAGCCGCUCACACACCUCCCAUUCCAAGAGAGGAUCCACAGCACUUUCCCAUAGCCAGGAAGAGCUUCUCCCCCACUGCCACAGCUUCAGCGGUGUCUCUCGUCCUAAGCCGCUGCCCCCCAAACCCGAUUCCAGCCAGGCCAAAUCAGGCAGCCAAUCUAACCUCAGCCUCAGCACACAGCCCACAGACCAUCCGCCUCAGCCCUCACCGUCACCACCACAGCAGCCGUCCAUGUCUCCCACGUCCCUCCCGAUGCCCAUCCCACCUCCACCCUCCUCAUCCUCUGUCUCGCCACCAGCAGGGGUAGGGAUGGAAGGCCAGGCCCAGGCUCCGGCUUCAGCCAGUGCCAAACUCCAAUAUCAGAGACUGCGCUCUGUGCCACAGCCACGGAGGUUCUACUCUCCCCACCUGCCACUCAAAGCCAAGAGCCUGUGCUCACGUCGAGGGUCGGCCCACUUCUCUAGCCUGGAGAGCGAGGUAUGA